AUUCCUCCUUAUGCUAUAUGCUAUAAAUCAGCAGCUGAAGGGUGCAGUGGCUUAACGCUGUUACCUUCACUCAUCACCCAAAAGAAAAAAAAAAUUACCAAACCGAAAAUUUUUCUGUUUCGACAAUGGCUGAGGCUGAAAACAAUGUUGCUGAAACGAUCAACGGUGAUUGUCACGAUUUUAAGUCGCUUCUGUCUUCUUCAGACAGGGAUUUCCUCGUCCGUAACAACGGUGAUCAGGUUAAAAUUGACAGUUUGAAGGGGAAGAAACUUGGAUUGUAUUUCUCAGCAUCAUGGUGUGGUCCGUGUCGAAGAUUCACCCCUAAGUUAGUGGAGGUGUACUCUGAACUCUCUCCCAAAGGCGAUUUUGAGAUCAUUUUUAUCUCGGGAGAUGAAGAUGAAGAGUCGUUCGACGGUUACUUCUCUAAGAUGCCAUGGCUUGCAAUCCCUUUUUCUGAUUCAGAAACACGUGAGGGGUUGGAUAAGUUGUUCAAGGUGAUGGGAAUACCUCAUCUUGUGCUCUUGGAUGAAAAUGGGAAAGUCUCCACUGAUGACGGAGUUGGGAUCAUUCGAGAGUAUGGAGAGGAAGGGUAUCCUUUCACCCCUGAAAAGAUCCAAGAAUUAAAAGAUUUAGAAGAAAAGGCCAGGACUGAACAGUCCAUAAAAACUAUCUUGGUUUCCCGUUCACGCGACUUUGUAGUUACAUCUGAUGGAAACAAGGUACCUGUGUCUGAACUUGAGGGGAAGACUGUAGGUCUAUAUUUUGCAGUGUCUACCUUCAAGCCAUCUGCCGAUUUUACUGCAAAACUUGCCGAAGUUUAUAAGAAAUUGAAGGAAAAGGGGGAGAAUUUUGAGAUUGUUGUGAUAUCCCUUGAUGAUGAAGAGGAAUCUUUCAAGGAAAGCUUUGUGGCACCUUGGUUGGCAGUGCCUUUCAAAGACAAGAGCUGUGAGAAAUUGACUAGGUACUUUGAGCUCUCUACCCUUCCAACUAUUGUUAUUAUUGGGCCAGAUGGGAAAACUCUUCACUCUAAUGUUGCUGAAGCUAUUGAAGAACAUGGGAUUCAGGCCUAUCCCUUCACCCCUGAAAAAUUUGCAGAGCUUGCAGAAAUAGAGAAAGCAAGAGAGGCAGCACAAACUCUGGAAUCGGUUCUGAUUUCAGGGGAUCUGGAUUUUGUCAUUGGGAAGGAUGGUGCUAAGGUUCAGGUCACUGACUUGGUAGGGAGGACUGUUCUCUUGUACUUCUCAGCACAUUGGUGCCCCCCAUGUCGUGCCUUCACUCCAAAACUUGUUGAAGCAUACAACAAGAUCAAGGCAAAGGAUGAAGCGUUUGAAGUGGUUUUUAUUUCUAGUGACAAGGAUCAAGCCUCCUUUGAGGAAUAUUAUUCAGAAAUGCCCUGGCUGGCACUUCCUUUUGGUGAUGCUAGGAAGCCAUUGUUGAGUCGCAAAUUCAAGGUCCAAGGCAUCCCUAUGCUUAUUACCAUCGGACCAACUGGAAAAGCUGUUACAAAUGAGACCAGGAAUCUGAUAAUGGACCAUGGGGCCGAUGCUUAUCCUUUCACUGAGGAGCGUUUGAAGGAGAUUGAGGCGAAGUAUGAGGAGACGGCAAAGGAGAUGGCAAAGGAGUGGCCUGAGAAGCUAAAACAUGAACUGCAUGAGGAGCAUGAGCUGGUGCUAACUCGUCGCAGGUCUUACUAUUGUGAUAAAUGCAAUGAACGAGGACAAAUCUGGUCAUUCUACUGUGAAGAAUGUGACUUUGAUCUGCAUCCAAAGUGUGCCCUGGAAAAAGAUAAAGAAACCAAAGCUGAUGAAAAGGAGGAAGAAAGUCCAAAGGAAGGCUGGGUCUGUGAUGGGGAGGUUUGCAAAAGAGCUUGAUGAACUUUAUCCAUGGGUUUGGUGGUGCAAUUUUCUAUUUUUCAUGUAUGUUUUCAGUUAUGGCAGUGGUAGUCUACUCUAUGGUUUGUUUCUUGUUGGGCUUGGAAAUACUUGGGUAUUGUAGCAGUGGUGCUCUAUGGUUUUUUUCUUAUGAAGCUAUGUCAUAUCUUACGAGGUAAUAAAAACUUUGAAAGCGGGUCUUAAGUAGCAAUGGUGUUCUAAACUUGAAUGCAUAUCUACUGUGAAAAACCUGCAGAUUGGGUGCUCUAUGUACUGUAGAUUGGAUUGCACUGUCCACUCCACGUGUUGAUUUCUUUUUUAAUUUUUUACAUAUUUAUUAUAAAACGUUUUUGGGGUUCUCAUA